UUUUUAAUUGAAAGCAAAACAAAUGUGUAAGCUUUCAAAUGCUACCAUUAACUCCACAUGUGCAAACAUUGAUGAGCACAUGAUUUUACCGCGUCGAGACACAUUUGCUUCUGAUUUCUGGUAAUUAAUUGAGAAUAAUAACAAAAUGAGGUCAAAAGGUAUUUCACUGAAACUGAGGUGAUCGACGAAAUUUGUAAGGACGCAGACAAUGACGCGGAGGUUGAUGACUCCGGCAAUCAUCUUCCUUGUUCGGAAAAGGAGUUUUCAGAUCAAGAAGAAAGUGAUGUAAAAAAAUAGAUAAGGAACCCAGUAUCGCUGGAGCAGUUAAAACCAUAAGUAGAUUUAGAUCUAGUCUUUUACCUUAUUAAGGAUAUGAGUCUGGACAAAAGCUUACAAUUACAUAUCUGAUGACAUCUAGAUGACCGAAACCCAGAUAUGUUUUCAAUGAAAACGUGUUGUCGCAUUGUGAAACAUAAUGUUUUAAAACGUAUGCUGAAGUAUCAUGCUUGUAACUUUAGUAGUCUAGGGGUUGAGUUUUCAUAUUAGACUAACACAUGUUUUGUAUAGUCAGAAAGUAGGCUGUAGCUUCGGUCCUUGGGACCUGAGAGACAAGUGAAGUCGGUCCAAUGCGACGCUGCUCCCCUCUUGGAAGGGCGCCUGUCUUAUGCCACUGCAUCUAUUGGGUAGGGAUGGUAUGUUUGAGAGUAUUUUUCACAUAUAUAGAUGCUAUUUCACCGGCGUUUAUGGUGUAGCAUAUAGGUGCUUCGAAGGGACAAGCUGAAAACUACAGUUCGAUUCCCAAGUGGGGAAAGUUUUCAAUAAAUUCUGGGAGAUUCUGCGGAGUUGGUUUAUCCUUCUCAGCACGAGUUGGUCAUGAUAGGCAAAAUUAAAGCCCGUCUCUUGAAUGAUUUAAAUCCAAAUUAUGUUGUUAAAACACCUAUAUUAAAAUGUUAAAAAACAUUUUAUUCCAGACUCUUGAAACCAGACUAUCGACGUGCGCUCUCGAAAUAAUAAUGUCUCGUGGGAUUUUGCACGCUGAUGGAUGAGGCUAUCUAUACCAUCUCAUAGCAGAUUAGUACCACAGCUGGAUGAGUCGCCAAUGCUAGGUUAAUUGGCGAACCUUGUAUCAAGUCUAAUAAAUAGAGAUUCGAACAACUGAUGUAAUGCAUAGGACAAUGUGAUGCCAUGUUCUAAUUACUUAAGCUGGCCUAUUGCAGUGAUAGCAAUUUCAAAAUAAUAUAUUCUUUUGUUGACAAGGUCAUGAAUAAUGCCUUCUAUCUAAACAAACAGAGUUGCAAGUGUCGCAAAACUCAUACAAAAACAAAACUAUUUGUUUCUACAUAUAAGCCUUGCCUAAAUACAAAACAAAAAACGCUCCAAAAUAUGACAGACGCUUUCAAACUUGCUUUGAACUUCCUCUUACCAUCCACUUAGGACGGACAACAUCAGCGCUGUCUCUCCGAGGCUCACAUCUCCCAAAGUACUCCACUCACGGCCUGAGCUCAUGUAAAACAGCCUAUCCCUCGUCUUCAGAAGUGCUGUCAUUUUGGCGUGACUCUCUGCCUAGUUGGUCGCCUAUCAGACCCUCUCUUUACGUGUAUACGAACAAACGCAGAUACACACACAUAUACUCACACACGCACACCCGGGCGUAUCAUCACCGGAAUUAACCAAGAGCUCGGGAAGGAAAGGAGAAGGGCCAUCGGGAAAGAAUGGCUUUCACGAGUGAACAAACAACCCUUUCAGCGUCCCUUCCCUUGCUGGAUCAACUGAUCGAUGGCGUCACUGACAGCAAGGAGAGAGUCCACAGCUUGUCUCAAAAUAUUUCUCACAAAAGAAAACUGGCAAUCAACGACGACAAUGAACAGAAUUCUAAGCGUCUUGUCGUGCCUGAGGCGCAGAACAAGCCCGACAAGGGAGAGAAGAGCAGUUCGCCUAUAGAAUACACCAAGGUCUGGUUGUUCCCCUCUGAAAUGUCGACAGCUACUCUUCCAGUCUCUCUUUCUGAGUCAAUUGACUCAAAGCAUUCAACCAUUUCUUCUGUAUUCAAUCUGAAACCUCGUACAGAAAACUCUAAGUACGACCUAUCCUCUCAGUCUUCUGAACCCGACAAUCUACCUAGAGCAGAGAAAGUGGAACCAGUAGAUCUGAACACAAACAAAGACCCAUGCAACUUACAGAAGUAUUGGCCUUUGAAGACAUCACUGAUGAAGCCAACCCCAUCGAAAAAGUCAAAACAUGACAAUUUGCCAGAUAGCAGGGAAAUGAGUAAAACCACUGACGUAACAAUUUCUAAUGAGAUAAAUAGUGAGAGCUGCAAUGGGUAUAAAAAACUGGCCAAAAGCAAAUGUCAACAAAAUGUUGCAACUUCGACUUCUAUUCAGAUCACUCUCAUAACUCCUAACAAAGGCGUUACACAGAGUGGAGGCAUCAUGAAGUCAGUGGGACCAACAAAGCAAGGCUCGAACUCCUCUCAAACAAAAGACAGAGCAUGGGAAAGUGGGUCACAGGCUAUGUAUGUUUACGAUGUGGUCUCAAAAGCUUCUACAGACAAUCUUGAGUUAGCAAAGUCUAUAGGCUCUGUGGACUCUGGGCAUGCAGCGCCGUCUACACUUGCACAGUCAAAAUCAGAAAUACAGACACAUGUCAUCAAUUCUGACGGCUUGACCCCUUCCGGGGGAACAACAAACAUUCCAGAAUUGAUCAGGUUCCCGGAAGUAGACUCAAUCACAUCACUGAUAACAAGCAGUCAAGAUUACCCUCCAUCGUGCAUGUUUUCAAAAUCAAAAUUCAAAACGUCUCUUAAAGAAAUGCCAAAUACAACAACACAUUAUAGAGGGGUAGAUAACCCGUUGAUGACCAUCUUCAAUGAAUUAGAAAGCGGGGAAAUACCACAUUUUCCCAUUGAAAGGAACAAUCCUCUCUAUAGCAGCUCCGAUAUCAACUCUGAUAAAAGCUAUGUUGUGCCCUCAAGCUACUCGAACCCAAUUUCUCCUUUUCUUUACUCGACAUCGUUGGGCGCUCAGGACUCAAACCAGCAACCCCUGAACCUGAUACAGACGCCUCAUGCCAAUCACUCACCUGCAUCUUUCCCUGCCACCAUACAAGACAUGCUCUCUGACCCGACUCUAAAACCAGCUCACAACACUGGGAAUCUACACAGACCCACAUCCUCCUCAGGCACUGGGAUGGAUCUGUCUUUGUGCAGCACCCUGCCACCAUCAAACGCUGCUUUGUCAUCAGUUCCCAUCCCUAUGGGGAACAUGGACUGCUCUGAACUAUCUAGAGUUGCCUCUACAGGUGGGCUUAUGGCGAAUGGCCAAGGUGGACUCGCCUCUUCCAACGACUUUUCAGUACAAAACCCAACGAUGUCCUUAUUUCAAAAUGAUGCUAUGUCUACGUCAGAGUCCAUCUUGAUGAGGUCUGGCAGCUCCCCGUCCACGGAGGAGGAUGGAGUGAUCACGAAAUCCGAGUCAAACCAAAGAUGCCAGAAGAACAAAGACAUCACACGCUCGUUGUUCAAAGGCACCUCCAAUCCUUUCGAUAGCGAUGAAUGUAACUUUAGCUCCGACCAAGGGCUGUACUCUUCUUAUGCUGAUUGCAGUCAUCAGGGGAAGUCAGCUUCUUUCGAUGAGUUUCCCACGGCAGACAGUUUUAUGUCGGCAGACAUACCGUCUGGGGUGUCCAGUAGAGACCUGAACUGUACAAAGACCGCUGUCACGUCACUAAACAGCAAAAGCAACUCCAAAGGCGUGGUGGUACCGGCAG